AUGGCAUUGAGCUCUUCUUCUUUAACGUAUUUGAAACCCGUUUCGUUCCAAUUCAGAAGAAACCCUAGAAUUAUUAUUAGAAACUCACAUUUAAACUCCUCCUCGGAUGAUUCGAACAGACCGGCGCUCGGCAUUUCGUCAGAUUCAGCUCCGAGAGCCCGAUUUGUGGCCCGACGGACAGAGUCCGUUUCCGUCCGACAACGCCAACGCCCACUGACCGAGUAUAUGAGCCUGCCGGCGAGCCAGUACUCGGUGCUGGACGCGGAGAGAAUAGAGCGGGUGGAUGAUAACACCUUCAGGUGUUAUAUAUACAGAUUUAAGUUUUUUGCAUUUGAAGUGUGCCCGGUUUUGUUGGUGAGAGUCGACGAACAGCCUAAUGGUUGCUGCAUUAAGCUCUUGUCUUGUAAGCUUGAAGGCUCGCCGAUUGUUGUUGCACAAAAUGAUAAAUUCGAUGCUUCAAUGGAGAAUAAGAUAUCAUGUGAUAGCAAACGAAGUGAUUCACAAGUGCAGCGACUAACUUCAGAUGCAGUCAUUGAGGUCAAUAUUGAAAUUCCUUUUGCAUUUCGAGCUAUUCCCCCACAGGUCAUUGAAUCAACUGGUUCCCAAGUCUUGGAACAGAUAUUAAAGGCCAUGCUUCCUCGAUUUAUGACGCAGUUAACGAAGGAUUAUCAAGCUUGGGCUUCUGGGGACGCUUCAAGGCAACCUCUUGGAACUGAUUAUGCUGUUUGA